AUGGACCCGCUCGUUAGCCCCUUCCUUCGCACCGCUGCGCCUACUUCGCCCGACGACCCUACGCCUUUAGGCACCGCCCCUGACGACGCAGCCAGGGACCGCUUCACCCGCCAACAUACUGGCCAGACGACGUGGAGGUCGCGUGACGCUGCGGUCUGCAUUGCUCUUAGCAGCCUCCUCCCUGAGUCUGAGGAGGUCCACUUCACUCAGGUUUGCACUGCUAGUGAGUUCCUGACUACGAUUAAGGCCCGCUACACUACUCCCACCACUGUCUCUCUUGGCCGACUCUUCCUACCGUUCCUGUUCUCCGACCUCGCCUCGUUUGAGCGCUCUGCUGACUUGAUCACUCACCUCCGCUCGCUUGAUUCUAGCCACUGCGCUGCUUGCACUGAGGCACAGCUUGCACUGCUCUCUCCCCCCAUGGCGAUUACUAUCUGUUUCAUCGCCACUAGCCUCCCUGACCGCCUUGCCUCAGUCCGUGACACCCUUCUUCUGAAGCACCCUAGUGAGCUCACUAUCGAGGUACUUGAGUCUACGCUCAAGGACGUUGAGAGCAACCUCUGCUUCGUAGCCUCCGCCUCUGGUGAUGUGCCCCCUCCACUAUUCCACGGGUGCACUGUCCUUCAGCUGCCCACCUUUACAACCUCUCUCGCCACUGUUGCUACUGACGUGAGCGCAGCUGGUGUUACAACUUCUUAUCGGUCUCGAGGUAGAGGUGGCAAGAGGGGCGGUCAUGGUACAGGUGGCGGCGGCGGUGGAGGCGUUGGCGGCGGAGGUGGCGGGGGUGGCGUGCCAACUGGUGGCGGCGGGAGUGCAACGCCUGGAGAGGCGUCCCGUGCAGCGGCCGGUAACUCCGCUACUGCAGCUGGUGGAGGCGACGCCCGGGCUCGUCAGCCACCUUCUGGUCUGCCGGCCGCGGCGGGUGGAGGAGCGGCGUGCUUCUUCUGGGACAACACGACACUUACUCUGCUUCCGGCGCCGGUCUCUGUGGCUCUGGCUGAUCCCACCUCGGGACCAGUCUCUGCUCGCUACACUACUACUCUUCCGUGCCCUGCUGUUCCCUCUGGGUCUCUGACUGGCUUCCACGUCCCCUCGUUCUCGCGGAACUUGGUGGGCGUGAGGCCUCUUGUAGCUGCGUUUGGUCAGGUUCCCGUGUCUUGUCCACUUGCUGCGUCGUGCUCCUGCAUGUCACUUGCCCACCCCACCGUUCUGUGGCACCACCGGAUGGGGCACCCGUCUCUCCCUCAUCUACGCACUAUGUCUCGUCAGCGUCUUGUUUUAGGCCUCCCACGUGUCUUGCCGUCGCUGCCGCCUUCGCUUGCACCACCGUGCGGUCCCUGCGUCAAGGGUAGGUUGCGCGCCACCCCUCAAUCCUCCUCCCUUCGUCCGGCCACCGAGCCUUUUGAGACGCUCCACUUGGGCGUCUGGGGCCCCGCCUCUCGCCUUGGCCUUGAGCGUGAGCGUUUCUUUCUGGUGGUCGUUGACUACUACUCCCGCUACACCACAGUGUUCCCCCUUGCGAAUAAGUUUGAGAUGACUAAUACGUACGCCGCUCACCAGCUGAACCUCUGGCCACGUCUCUCGGCCAGAGGUUUCACCGACUAG